AUGAGCGAUGAUGAAGGUAAAUAUAAUGAUCUCCCUGUCAACGAGUUACGACAACUGAUUAGAACAAGUUCACUAACUAUUGUAGGAGAUAUUGAGAGGCAGUUGGCCCAACUGAAGGCCAAAGAAAGAGAAUUGAAAGACCGACUUAAGCAGAAGAAAAGCGUACCAUCAACAUCGCAGCAAAAUAUCGAGAUACCAACAACUCCGCCUAAGAAUCGGCAGCGUGUUCCUGUAUCUCCAGCUAGGAUUCGCCUAAAAAUUGAUAAGGGUCUCCAAGCAAAAGAUGUGUCUUUACGAAGAAGUCCUAAGAGAACCAAUUACAAUAUUACGGGGACCGAUAGGGCGGAACGAUCAAGCUUUGCAGACCAAUUGCUCAAUUCCUCGGCAGCUUUGAGGGAAAAAGAAGCUAUUAAACUUGACCUUGAAAGAAAACGGGUUACGAAAUUCUCGUUGAAAUCCAAUAUUGGCCAAAAUGAUGGCAAGGCAGGCGGCAAUUCUGUGACAGAAACAUACUCGAAAUUAAGAUUGUCUCACCAAUUCAUAGCAAAAGAGGAGCUGGAUAGCCAGUUUGAAGAUAAAAAAAUUAUGAGUGUUGGUGAUGUAUAUGCAAUAAUUCAUCCACCCCACUUCGAACCUCCAGCUGUACCUAAUUUUGUUGUUAUUGGUAUUGUGGCCAAGAGAAGCGAAGUCAAGGUCAAUAAACUCGGUAAAAAAUAUAUGAUGAUGACUCUUACAGAUCUAAAUUAUGACAUACCACUAGCGUUGCAUAGCGAAGCGUUUGACAUGUUUUGGAAAAUCAGGGAAGGUACUGUCAUUGCUGUGCUAAAUCCCGAACACUAUAUUAUAUCAAGAGGUGUAUCAGAGAAAUCUAUCGGUUUAAGUGUGACAUCAUCUCUCGACGUUAUCUUGGAACUAGGAAGAUCGAGCGACCUGGGUCAGUGCCCUUCCAUAACACAGAAUGGUAAGAAAUGUACCCAAUGGAUUAAUUUGUCAAAAUCCAAAUACUGUGAAUUUCAUUUGGAAUUAGGUGUUCGUCGAGCAGCAAGUUCACGAAUGGAGUUCAAUUCUGUUCAGGGUCGAAUGUUUUCGCCAAAAAAGAAUGGGCGCAGGUUACAAUUUAUGAAAGGGGGGGUGGCAUCCAAAACGGGUCUCCAAGAAGACCCAUUAGCGCCCCGUAGAGAUCCUUUGUUUGGAAACGAGGGUAGGAUAUUUAUGACAGGUGCGAAGAGCAGCGCAGCAACAUUUUUUCAAGAUGAAUACGAUCUAGCCCCUACUGGGACUUCUGAAGAAGCAGCCAAACGGCUGCAAAAAAAACUUAAAGAUAAAGAGAUGGAAAGCAAGAUAAGAAAAUAUCUAGCAGACCGGCCGGAUGGCCAUUUACUUCGUGAAUAUGAUGUCAAGGGGCGCUUGAUCGAAGAUGACUCUACCGUAUCGAAGUCGAGCUCUUCGAAAGGAGAUACGAUAUUUUCGGCACAGCAAAUUCGUAGACUUGGAUUUGAUCCAACUAAGAGAAUUAAUGUGGCUGAAAGUUCCAAAGUUUCUGAAAUAUCUCUAAUGAAUGCCGCAGAUGUUGACCUUUCAAGACCCAAAAAACGAUCCCGACAUGAAUCCGACGAUGAUAGCGAUGAUUUGGAAAUUAUAUAG